AUAACAACUCAAACCAAUUCUAAUUUUCUAAACCUAAUUUUUGCUUCAAUUUUCUCUCAAUUCUCUUCCGUUCCUCAAUUCCUCUGUCAAUUAUAAUUCUAAAUCUUGAUUCAUAGAAGGGAAAUCGUUAAUCAUAGAUCGGUCUCCAAUUGUUUAAUAACUGUAAGUAUCAAUAUUUUAUAUAUUUUUUUGUAUAUUUUUUCGAUUAUUGUUCAUGAUUUUGGACAUAGAAAUAUAAUUUUCAAUUUUUGGUUGAAUUAAUUUAUGAAUUGAAUGAAAAUUUAUUUAAUUUUCAGUAUUGUUGCAUGAUAGCAUUUGAUGAUUUUUCUGAAAAGCAUUUUAUGAUUGAAAUUUUACCUUUUUUUGUAUUGUUUGUUGCAAAAUUUCCCUUUUAUUUUUGUUCUAAAAAUCUGAAAGCUUUUGAUUCUAACGUUUCUUAUAUUUUCUUUCUGAAAAUCGCCUAAAAAAUUGUUUAUGCUAUUUUAUUCUGGGAGUUAUGAACCACUCAGAUUUUGUUAUAUAGCUUUGUCUUUACUUUCAAUUACAAUUGUAAAAAUUGCUCAAGAAUUUUGUUCAAAGAUGUAUUGUUCUAUGCUACAUGUUGAAAUUGUUAUGAUUUCCAAAUUUUUUUCUUCUGCAUUUCACACAUUUUGUACUAAACUUGACCUAGAAUUUAUGAUUUCUUUGCAAUUACUGGCCUAUUUUUUGUGAUUAACAUUUUGCUUUGUUCUUUUUCCAGGAAAAGUGUGGAUGAACUAAUGGAGUCUAAAGGUGGUAAAAAGAAGUCUAGCAGUAGUAAAUCCUUUUUAUACGAAGCCCCUCUUGAUUACAUCAUUGAAGACGUUCGACCACACGGUGGAGUAGAAAAAUUCAAAUCUGCUGAUUACUCAAACUGCAUCCGCAAGCCAUCCUGAGAUUGUUUGGGUUCUUGUGUUUUAUAGUUCUUAGGUCUUUCAUACUGCAAUCUUAUUCUAGUUUACUCCUUCAACUCCUCCACUUUGUUUUUCUUCAACUCUUAUUCCCUUUCUCUACAAACAAAAACAAUUUUUUUCUCCUUUUGGGUCAAAAUGGCCAUGACAAACUCAGCUAUUGGUUUUGAAGGCUAUGAAAAGAGGCUUGAGAUAACUUUUUUUGAGAAUGGUGUUUUCUCUGAUCCUGCUGGAUUAGGUCUCCGAGCAUUGUCUAGAGACCAAAUUGAUGAGAUUCUGAAACCAGCAGAAUGCACUAUUGUUGACUCAUUGUCUAACGAUUAUGUUGAUUCAUAUGUUCUUUCUGAGUCAAGCUUAUUCAUUUAUUCUUACAAGCUUAUUAUCAAAACCUGCGGGACUACAAAAUUGCUUCUGUCUAUCCCUGCAAUUCUUAAGCUUGCUGAUGGUCUUAACAUUGGUGUGAAAUCGGUGAGGUACACUCGAGGAAGCUUCAUCUUCCCUGGUGCUCAAUCGUUCCCUCAUCGAAGCUUUUCUGAGGAAGUUGCUGUUCUUGACAACUAUUUUGGCAAACUGGGUAAUGGUAGCCAAGCUUACAUGAUGGGUGAUGCUAACAAGUCAACAAUUUGGCACAUUUACUCUGCCUGUGCUAAGUCAGAAGCUUCAACGGAAGCUGUCUAUGGCCUUGAAAUGUGCAUGACUGGUUUAGAUAAAGAAAAGGCUUCAGUGUUUUUCAAGACAGAUAACUCUUCAGCAGAUUCAAUGACUAAGAAAUCUGGAAUCAGAAAGAUCCUUCCAAAAUCUGAUAUAUGUGAUUUUGAAUUUGAACCAUGUGGGUAUUCAAUGAAUGGAAUUGAAGGAAAUGCAAUAUCAACUAUCCAUGUAACCCCGGAAGAUGGAUUCAGUUAUGCAAGCUUUGAAGCAGUGGGUUAUGACUAUGAAGAGAAAUGUUUGAAUGAACUUAUUGAAAGGGUUUUAGUAUGUUUCUAUCCAGCUGAGUUUUCUGUUGCUUUGCACAUUGAUAUGAGUGGUGAAAACCUUAACAAAUUUCCUUUGGAGGUUAAAGGAUACUACUGUGGAGAAAGGUCCAAUGAAGUGCUUGGAGAAGGUGGUGCUGUUGUGUACCGUACCUUUGUUCGUAACGAUGGCUGCACAUCUCCUAGGUCUACUCUUAAAUGCUGCUGGAGUGAGGAUGAAAGCGAGGAGGAAGUGAAGGAGAUAUAGUACUAUUACUUUGGUCUUUAUGUUAUGCUCUUGUUUAUCUAUACUGUUUUCAGUGUUGUUUUUUUAUCUGAAUAAAUUUGAGCUUUCGUUGUGAAAGUUAUUCAAUAAUCGUCUUGUGUUAUGUUUGUACCGGAUUAUAUUUCUAAAUAAAUAAGUAUUUGUUGGUUUUAA